UCUCAACAACCUUGAAUUACAAGUCAUUCCAAAGUCGAUUCAGUCAUUUUCCAAUUUGAGGGAUUUUCAUUUGUGCAAUAACAAAGUGGAAACGUGCCACAUUCCACAAAAUGUCAAAAGUCUAAAAAUAUCACACAACCCAUUAAAGUGAACUUGGACAGUCAAAUUUCCAGGUCUGUCUCCGAUGAUCCCCGGAACUCAUUUUUCACUUUAUUGAACAAACGUGAGUUGUUUGUGUCCCUAACCGUCCUGGAACUGGUCAGCCUAAACAUGGACGAACUCCCAAAGGCCAUUCCCAACCUCCGACUGUUGGAAGAACUGUACUUUGACGACAACAACGUGACACAAUUCCCGGAGGUUGACAGUUAAAAUAAUUCCCAGAACUUUGAUAAAUUACAAAUGAUGCGGAUUCUCUGCGCUUCGAAGAACAAACUCUGUUUUUUGCCAUCAAAUAUGCACAAACUGAGGAAUUUGGAGAAACUCGAUUUGUCACAAAAUUCUUUAACCAAAUUUGACGAGAGUCUGACCACUUUUGAAUAUUUGGAAUAUCUCGACCUAUCGGAAAAUGAAAUCCAGAGUUUACCACAGACGUUUGGUUCUCUCAAAUUGUUGACAUAUUUAAAUCUAUCAAAAAAUAACAUCGAAUCCUUCCCAAGUGAGGAUAUCCAAAUUCUCGGCUCAGUCAAAAAAUUGGACAUUUCUGAAAACAGAAUUGGAGAGUUGCCAGCAAAUCUUCCUUACCUUUACCGAAUGGUCGAGUUGAGGGCUUCUUUCAACUAUUUGGAAGGCCUGCCUCCAGCAAUUAAUUUGAUGAAGGGACUUGAAAUUUUGCUGGUCGACGAGAAUUAUAUUGUCACCCUCUCAGAAAACAUCUGCAAGACUCCGAAUUUAAAAAUCCUCGACGUUUCGAACAACAAAAUAAAGCAGUGGCCCAAAGCCUUUGAAAAUUUGAAAAAGAAAUGCAAUUGUAUCACCGGCCAUCAGACUUCCAAUAAACGUAAAAGCACUAGUCCCAAGGAACCUUCGAAUAAUUAA